UGCCACUAAAAAGUUCUUCAUUGCCCACGCUCCUUUUUGUUGAGAUUUGCAAUGUGUUCCAGUCGCGAAGAACACUAAUCUGCUCCAGUUCCGAUUCUCUCAACUCCUCACCAAAUCCAUGGCCUACCGAAGCCACCCACAACCCCUAAACCUCGCAACCAAACACCAGCAGCUCCCCAAGGUUCUGAUCAUCCGGCCACCGAUGGCUUUCAAGUCAGUCGAAACCGAAUUUUCGCAGAAAUUCCACCUAGUGAAAGCAUGGGAAUCCCCACUUCCCCUCGACCAAUUCCUCGCCGCUCACGCGCACGACGUACGGGCCAUGAUAGCCAGCGGCGUCACUCCGGUGAACCCCGACGUCCUCCGCCACCUCCCGUCGCUCCGGUGCAUCGUCACCUCCAGCGCCGGUAUCGACCAGAUCGACUUGCCGGAGUGCCGCCGCCGCGGGAUUGUUGUUGCCAACGCCGGCGCGGUGUUCUCCGAAGACGUUGCCGAUACGGCGGUGGCCUUGUUGAUCGAUGUUUUGAGGAGAGUCGUGGCUGCUGAUAGGUACGUUCGCGGUGGGAAUUGGCUUGUUAAGGGUGACUAUCCUCUUGGAUCCAAGUUGGGGGGAAAGCGUGUUGGGAUUGUUGGACUAGGAAGCAUAGGCAUGGAAGUUGCGAAGAGGCUUGAGGCUUUUGGCUGCACUCUCUCUUACUAUUCAAGGAAGGCAAAACCAUCCGUUUCCUUCCCUUUCUAUUCUAAUGUUUGUGAACUAGCAACAAAUUGUGAUAUCCUUAUCCUUUGCUGUGCAUUGAAUGACCAAACGCACCAUAUGAUUAACAAGGAAGUCUUGUUGGCAUUGGGAAAGGAGGGUGUCAUUGUGAAUAUUGCACGUGGAGCUGUUAUUGACGAGAAGGAAUUAGUGCGAUUUUUAGUGCAAGGAGAUAUUGCCGGUGCUGGUUUGGAUGUGUUUGAGAAUGAGCCUGAGGUUCCUCGGGAGCUAUUCCCGCUGGAUAAUGUUGUGCUAUCACCGCAUCGAGCUGUCUUUACAGAGGAAUCCAUUAGGGACUCUGUUGACCUUAUGUUGGCAAAUUUGGAGGCUUUCUUCUCAAAUAAACCUUUACUGUCUCCAGUUGAGAAUGAGUAACAGAUUGAUUUUUCUA